AUGUCGGCACAGAACUACUACCAAGGCCAGGGCCAGGGCCAGGGCCAGCAGGGCCAGAACUACAAUCAGGACCAACAGUACGGCGGCGAGAACCAGGGCUCGGGCGAGCGUGGCAUUGGAGCCACGCUCGUGGGCGGUGUUGCCGGUGGCUGGGCGGCCAACCACGCGGGUGCCGGCAAGAUGGGCACUGCGGCCAGCGCGGUCGCCGCCGCCGGUGUGGCCAACGUGGUCGAGCACUUUUUUGAAAAGAAGCACUCAGAGCACAAGCAGCACGAGCAGCAGAUGCAGGGCGGCUACGGCGGCCAGCAGGGCGGAUACCAAGGCAGUCACCAGGGCGGUCCCCAGGGCGUGCCCUACGCCCUGUGUCAAAACGAGACGGGCGUCCAUACCGACUGGCCACGCUGGUGCGGCAAGGUCUACGAGCCAGGCUACCCCAGCUUCGAUCCAGGCGGUCAGACGGUUGAGCCAGAAGCCUCCCCAGAUGCGCCACUGCUCUACGUCCAGCUGGCUCCGCGCUACAGCCUCUACCUAGACAGCGAGCCCGAGGCUGAGCUGAUCGUACGCACAACCGUGUCGGACUACCACGGGAGUCCCCUGCCGGCCAACGUUGACGGCUCACGGCCGACACCCGGCCUCUACAAAUUGCCGCAUGUGCUGCACUUCCACAUCACCGCUGAUGCCUCUGGCCUGGAGCUGACCGCCGGCGUGGCUCUUCUUGCGUCGACCAGUGCCGACACGAUCGUGUCGUUUCGCCUCGCCGAACUCGCCGGCCUCACGGACCGAGACGUCAACAUAACCCUCACCGGCUGGCUGACUAGUCUUGAUGGCACUACAAAUGCCACCUACACUGCUGCAACCGCCCUCUCGUGCCUGCCGGAGAAGACUAACGGUAGUGUUACCCGAAUCGAUAACCUCUACGGCGGUUUCCUCUUCCGCAGCGCCGCCACGCACGGCCGCUUUCAGCCCUUCUUCCCCUACGGCUAUUAUGCCUCCAACGACGGCUUUCUUGCCAACGCCACUGAUGCCGCCUCGGCUGCUUCCGUCAUCGGUCACUAUUCCGCCUACGGCCUCAGCGGUAUCACUCCGCUCGCCCACUAUCCCGAGUCCACCGUCGCCUUCGAGUACAUGGAGACUGCCGAUCUGCGCUUCCAAUUUGACCUGCGUGAGGGCUACACUAACCUGACCUGGGUUGCCGGCCAGGUCGCUGCUGUCCGCGACAACGCCGCCCUCUUUUCGUACUGGAGUGCGGAUGAACCCGAUGGCCAUCAGGACCCCUUCGAGGCCGCCGUCAACGCGCGCAAUGCUGUCCGCAGCAUCGACCCAUAUCAUCCCGUUGCUGUCGUACUCAACUGCCAGAACUACUACUAUGGGCCCUACACAGCCGGCUCCGACUUUGUCAUGGAGGACGUCUAUCCAAUCGGCAUCAACGCAACCUACUCCAAGUGGGAUACUGCCGUCAAUUCCACCUUGGGCGACUGCGGCUGCGACAACUGCGUCGGUGGCGGCCAUGCCGUCCAGGACGUGCGCAACCGCCUCGAUGACAUGGCUCGCUACGAGGCCUGGCUCGGCCUCUGGCCCAAGACAAAGGUCCACAACCCCCAGAGCUUCAGUGGUGAGGGCUACUGGUCGCGCAACCCCACCCCGGCCGAGGAGUGGGCCACCGCCCUUCUGUCCGUCAACCACGGUGCCCAAGCCCUUAUCUCGUGGGUCUACCCGGCCCCUGAGGUCCUCUCCGUCGCCCACGGCCAGAUCGCUAGCGUUCUCUCGCACAGCCCCGUGCUCGACUACAUUGUCGGCAACAGUUCUCCAGUUGCCCUGCUUGUCAGUAGCAGCAACAGCAAUGCUGUAGAUGUGGCCUGCUGGCAGCGCAACAGCACGCUGCUGGUAUCCGUCGUUAACAGCGGCUACGAUGACGUUGCCGGUCCUAUCAAGAUCGCCCUACCCUCGUCCGCUUCCGGUGCCGCCCUACACUCAAUCGAGAGAGUGCCGUGGGGCAACCUGACCUGGUCGUGGACCGGUGGCGAGCUCGUGUCGGCCGCCGGUGUCCCGGCCCUGGCCAGCAGCCUGGUCAUUCUGUCUUGGGGAGACAUACCCACCUGA